AUGGAAGGUCGUGAUGGAUGGCACGUGGCCAGUUUUCAGGCUACUACUACUUCAAAUAAGACGAUAAUCAACCCAGUUAUGCUCAGAUUCCGACCGAUCGCUCCCAAACCGGUUACCGGAGGAUCUUACACGGCGGAAAACAACACUUCAUCGAUUCUCCGACCGAGUAAACGCGUGAAAAGAAAGUACGUUAGGGUUCGAAGAGAUAUUAAUAAUAAAAAAGAUAAAAACCCUAGGAGAUCAAGGGUUACGAAUAAUAACGGAUCUUCUGGACUACAAGAAGAAGAGACCACCACCACCGUCACGCUCCAGCUGUUGCCGGAGAAAUCGGACGGUCGAGAUUUAAACGGGAGUAAAGGUUGUGGUGCUCCUGGAUCUUGGAUGUACUGUACGGCCGUACAGGAUAAUAACGAUAAUAAUAAGCUGAUGAUGAAUGAUAAUAACUAUAACCCUAGAAAGGCCGCCGGUGACGAUGAGGUUUUGGAUCGGAGGGGUGCGGCGGCGGUGGAGUCGUGGGUGACGGUGGAGAGCGUGACCGACACGUGCAUGGAUGUACGAGGGUUAGGUUGUACGGACGUGGAGAGAAUAAAGAAUUUGGAGAAGGACACGUGUCCCGGUUUUGUAACGGACGGUUACUUUAGCAGGGUGGAGUGGGUAAACGGUGCUUUUAAAAAGAUGGUUGUUGAGGAAGAGGAGGAGGCGGAGAUGUGGUGGCCGGAGGUGGUGGUUUGGCUGGUCGUAGCACCAAAUAAUAAUAAUAAAUAUAUAAAAAAUAAUAAUGAUAAUAAUCGUAACAGUAUCAGUAUCAGUAGGACGGAAUUGGGCCUAAUGGGCCCGGCGUUCACGUGUCGAGUUAGGGUUCAGUUUAAGAGAGCAAAUAAUUGUAAUUAUAAAGAGGUUUGUUCUAAGAUAAUGCCGUGUGAUGUUUAUAGAAUGGAUUGUGGUGGUUUUGCAUGGAGGCUCGACGUUAAAGCUGCUCUCAGUUUGGGUUUGGGACUUUGAUGAUGAUUUACCAAAAUUAAAGAAUAAAGGAGCUUUGUAGCUGUCGACUUUAUUUUCAGGUAUACAUAAUUUUUUUUUUAAUUUUCUAUAAAUAUUAUAUGGAUGGUAUAUGAAAUGAAUAUAUGUGUAAGUAGGUAUUAGAUAUAUAUGUGUUAUAAUACUCUUGUGAGAACCAGAAUAAUUUUUCUCACUAAACACAAAUGAUGAUGAUUUGAAGGGUAAAGAGGGUAUUUAUAGCUCUCACACAAA